AUGACGUUGGCGUUGGCUGCGGCCGCGUUCGCUCAGGACCUCGGUGUCCCUCUCAGCUGGAGGGAGUUCACCAACAACCGCUCGCACGCCGAGCUUAUCUCCAUCUCGGAGGCCGCCAUCGACACCAUCCUUCCCCAGCUCAACGUCGCGAGCGGCGAUUUCGCCGGGAUCGGUUAUUGGCAGGCCGGCAACGUCUGGUCCGCAAUGGCGAACGAGGACUUCCGCGCGGGGACGACCAAGUACAAGGCGCAAGUCGUGGACCAGCUCAACAACGUCUUCGGCUUGUGGGCGCACUACGACCAAUUCGGUUUUAAUGACGAUGCGAUGUGGUGGGCGACCGCUGCGUAUUACGGCUUCCGUGCCUAUGGGGACACGAACUUGCUUUCCCAUGCGGAGGAUGUCUGGACCCAUGUGAACACCUUCGUCAUCCCAGCAGGCGCGAGCUCGAUCUCGACCAAGAACUUCGGCUUCUCGGCAACUUGUGAGGGCAAGUCUAUGGCAGGCGGUGUCUUUUGGAGAACUGAUGCUGGAGACGACAAUGUCAACAGCGUCACUACCGGUCUUUUCAUCACCCUCUCUGCCUACCUCGCCGAGGUCACCGGAGAUGCGAAGUACACCAAUGCCGCCAUCGCCAGCGCGAACUGGAUCAGGAGACUCAACCUAAACUCGGACCCGAUCGUCCUCGACACCGUCCACGCGCUCGACUGCUCCCGCACGCCCACGACCUGGCUCUUUACCUACAACACCGGCAAGUACCUCGAAGGCCUCGAGGUCCUCUACGACGUCACCAAGGACACGCAGUGGCGCGACCUCGCGGUGUCCAUCGGGAACGCGGGCAUGAAGUCGACCGCGUGGGCCGGCUCGAACGGCGUCUGCACCGAGGGCGCCUCUCCCGACUCGAACAACGACGGCGUCGGCUUCAAGGCGAUCUGGGUGCGCGCCAUCGACGAGGCGUACAACCGCGUCGCGAAGCGGGGGGACAACGAGGCGUACCGGAUCCUCCUGCACUCGUACGUGGACGUGCAGCUGAACGCGCUGCUCGAGCUUGCCGCGAACGGCACGUCGUACUCGAGCGCGUGGGCGGGGCCGCCUCAGGGGUUCACGACCUGGGGCCAGCUUGCGAGCUUGGACGUGUUCGUCGCGGCGCUCCAUGCCGCGUAG